AGCACUGCCUUCUCUUUAUAUUUGGCAAGAGACCUAGUUGGAGUAACCCAUUUUGAAAAACCUUGAUCAAAAUCGAGAGAAAUUGAUUUUAGUGAAAACUUUCCCUUGAAGUAGCAAUUCUAAUUGUUGAAGAAGCAGUAAAUCGCAGCCAAUUUGACAUUAAUUAGAACUUUUCUCAUAAGCUCUCCAAUGGCAUCAAGAGCUGGGGGUGUGGUUCAAGAUCAGAAUCUGAAUAUUCACUUUAAUGAAACUUCUGUUGGCUGGAAGACCAAUGUCUCUAAAGCGCCAAGGAAAGGAGUGCUUGGCGGAAGGACACCACUCGGUGAUCUGUCAAAUUCACUGAAACCUUCUUUGAAUCAGGCAUCAAAGAAGCAGAAUUCCAGCAUUUUCUCCUUCACCGAGAAAGAAAUCGGUGCCUCUCAAAAUGCACUAGAUGCAACCAAGAACAGAAGUACCUGUAAAAAAGCCUCGGGGAAAGCACAUACCACUGGCAGGAAACCACUUUCUGACAUUUCAAAUUCCGGAAAGCAAAAUCGGAAUGAGGGAUCAAAGAGGAGCUACAAUGCAAAGCUAAGUGUUGUAGCAGAGGAACCAAUUGAUGCCAAUGCUAUUGCAGGAGAACAGUUUCUGCACAAUCAUGAAGAAUGCAUCAAAGUGCAGUCAAGAGUUAUGAACUUGGAUCAGUUUCUUCAGAUGAUUGGACUAGAUAAUGAUAUUAUAAAACAGCAUGCAAACACUGUGUCAAUUAAGGUGAAGGCUGAGAGUCCCCCAAGGCAGCACUUGGAACUGGAAGAGAUGACUGAGGAGCUAAUUGAAGAGGAGUUCUGGAACGACAAGCUGUGGUCUUGUAAACUUGAUUCUCCACCUCCGUGCAGAACUCCAAAAUCACCUAAGCAUUACAUGAACAGCGACUACAACUUUGCAUUGUUAGAAUCCCCGUAGUUGCCAAAGGCAUUGAUCACCCCUCUCAUCAAUGCUUGUUUGGAUAGGUAGUAAUUUUGCAGGAGUCAUGGGUGUCAUUCUUUUCAUCUUUCAGAAAGGAAACUAUUCUCCUUUAUUUCAUGGACAGUUGAUAUUGUAGAAUAUUGCCGCCGUGACAGUGUAACUGACAAUUCUUUAGCCAUUUAUUUUGGGAUUAAGCAA